AUGUUUCUCAGAGGGGGAGAAUUCUCCACAUUGUUCUCCACAUUGCUGAAAGAGAAGCAUGCUAGCUUCUGCACCAACAUGCAGAAGUUCAUUUCUGAUCUAAAAUCUGACACUGUCCGCGAGCUCAUCUUUCCACAGACGGGAGUCCUCUUCCUUCAGCUAUCAGAGCUCCGCAGGAUUGGCGAGUUGAUGGGCACAACUGAGCCCUUCAAUGAGUCUCUCAAGAACGCACCUCCUCAGUACUUCACUGCCCGUGCUCAACGCCAUCAAAGCUUCUAUGGAACCGAGUACGGCUACGCCUGCUGGUAUAUUCAGGCGAGCUUGGGCUGCACAAUGACCUAUUUGGUCGAUGCUGAUGCCUUUGAAUCGAUGAUGGCUGAUUUUGAAAUAGAUAAUCUCAACAUCUUCCCGCGUCUUCUACCUUUGGAGUCUGCAGCCUCAACGCCCUCUCUCUCAGGAUCCCCGACACCUUUAUAUCCUUCCACUUCAGUGCCUUUAAUCUCUGCAGAGAUCACAAAAGCUAUGCAAGCACCGGAGUCCUCAAUCGGCUCUGACAUUGCAAAGCUAUCUCAGGCGAGUCGUCCAGCGAUAACAGAUUCGCUCGGAGGAAUUCCCAGUCUUUUGCAAUAUUCAAUUCCCGACCAGUCAGACCGUAGAUCUAGAAAUCCACGUGUGCGGGUGACGUCUCCAAAUGGAAGAACUACCAGUCCCAAGCGAAACCGAACACGUCGCCGAGCGACUCCCUAUCCUGAAAGAGGUGAUCUUUACAAGGGACAUUUAAGGAAGCAUUCAUCUGCCGGGACCCCUUUGUCGCCAAUUCCUCCUCCUCCUUCUCCAUACAGAUGUACUGAGGGUCAGAAUCUCAAACCCCCUGCAACUUCUACUGAUAUUCAGGCUCGUGAGCAGCCAUUUUAUACCCCGUAA